AGCUCAUUCUCGCGUCAUACGUUCCGCGAACGAACGUGCCGCGCGUCUAUCGCUCACACCGUACGUAAACUUUCCCGAUAUACGAAAGAAAGUGCUCUGUGUUAUGCAUUCGGACGCAACGAAUGCGGUGUAAAGUGACAAAGUGAUAGAAUAAAUUAAUGAAACAAUUCGUCUAAGUGUUAUUUACACCGAUGGGAGAGCUUUUUUGUUAACGGAUGAGUUUAAGCCGAAGAUAAUGGAGUUGGGCAUGAGAUGAAUCCGUCUGUUGGAGUCAUACAGAGUGGGUCAAUUUGUGAGACGCCACAUGAUGACGUUACAACACGGUGCCCUCGCCUUACUCCUUACUGUUAUGCUUCUUUGUAAAGGUUACAUAGUGACUGGUUUGGAGUUAUUGGAGCUGCGCGUACCGGCACACGUACCAUUAGGCACGCGCGCGUCCCUCUCCUGCCGCUGGAAGCUGGGGCCCACUGACGUCCUCUAUUCUGUCAAGUGGUACAAGGACGGCAAGGAGUUCUUCCGACACGUCCCCCGCGAUGUCGAACCCCGCAGAAAGUUUCUAUUACCUGGGGUCGAUGUGGAACAAUCGAGUCCGAACGGAUCCAACAUCACGUUGUUCCCAGCUGUAUUGGAGACCGGUGGAAGAUACCGAUGCGAGGUAUCAGGAGAGCGACCUCUCUUCCCGACGGUGUCCGACCAUGCGGACAUGAUCAUCGUGGCAUUACCGGAACACGGUCCGACUAUCUCCGGUUCUAGACUACGGUACCAAAUCGGAGAUCGGGUGCAGGUAAACUGUACUUCAGGCCGGUCCAGACCGGCGACUAGACUCGCGUGGUAUAUCAACGGCGAGCCCGCGCCCCCAGCCACAGUACUGACACCCGUCACGUAUAAGGACGAUGAUGGUCUGGAGACAACGAGUCUAGCGCUCGAUUUCAAGGUCAAACCGAAGCAUUUUAGAAAAGGAGAUCUUAAACUGAAGUGUCUGGCUACAAUAGCAACAGUUUAUUGGCGGAGUAACGAAGAAAGUGUACAAGGUGAGCGAUUAAAAGGUUACGCGAGAUCGAGAGACUUCAACGAGGGAGCUUCGCGGGCUGACAGGGUGCAAGCCGCGUCUAGCAGUCAUUGCAGUACUCGUGUAUUAACUACUCUACAUCUAUUGGGAUACUGUAUAAUACAAAUCAUUUCCAAGACUCUAUAUUGAUGUAAUCUAUUUUCUUUUCUUGGAAUGUUUCUCAUCAACCAGUGUCAUACGAGAUCUGUUGUAAAUAUUUCCGUAAAAGAGUAUUUAUAGACAAUGCAGUUGCAUUAAAAAUGUGUAACUAUUUUGUAUUUAUAUGACUUCGUUCUACAAUUAAAUUAAACUAAAACGAUGUUAUUGGAGCUACCAAAAGAAUGUUAUAUCAUUUAAAAGAAAUUUAUAAUUAGAUUUAAAAAUGAAGAUGAAAGUAAAACAAAACAAAGGGAAUUAAAAGUCUGGCACAUGAAAACGACAUAUCAAUUUAAAAAAAAAAACACUAAAAUAAACGUCAUUUCCUCUUUCGUCUGGUUAUUUGAAGGCAAUUUUCACUGUCAAUUCGCAACUUAUUGAAAGUUUUUCAAAACAUUAAUUUUCCUUUUAU